AUGGACGCUUCUCAUGCCCGACCUGUCAAAGACCAUGCGGAGGAUCAGCUCCCAAAUGACCAUCCUCCGACUGGCAAAACUGCCCCCGAGAAUCAAGACAACCCGCAGACUACGGUCGAUCCACCCUCUGACCCAUCUGCUCCCGAGGAUCCACAGAGACCUCCCUUGAUGGAUCAGCCGUUUGAGCCUGCUAUGGAAGCUCUCGCGCGGCUCGAACGCGAAGACCCUAAACUUGCGUUCCAAGCCGCGAGAAUCGUCGGACUGUAUCGGCGCUUGUGGGAGUCGUGCACAUCGAAGCAUAUAGAGGGAAGCAAGUUGGCCAAAGCGAAUCACGGUCUACGAGAGACUCACCGAUAUAUGACCGACGAGAGGAACAAAAUGCAGUCGCGUCACGAUGAUCAAAUUGCUCGGUUGCAAUUCUUUGACCAGGCACUGGAGUCAUCUCGGCUUCGACUGUCUGAUAUUCUUAANCGCGCUCGAAUGGCCUUCCAACGUCUGGGUGAGCACGCCCGUCGCCGGGUCCCAGAGCCGUACUGUCGUGUCGUUACAGCCGGAGGCCAGCAGCCGACCGUCUGGUGA